AUGAACACAGUUAUCAUUGCAGUGAUAUGUUUGGACCUCCAUUUGCACACCCCGAUGUAUUUAUUUCUCUGCAACUUGUCUGUGGUUGAUAUGUGUUAUACAACUGUCACCAUUCCAAAACUCCUCUACAUCUUACUAUCUGGAAAUAAUACAAUGCCAUUUACACAAUGCCUUAUCCAGAUGUAUUUUAUGUUUUCAGCGGACAGUGCUGAGGUCACCAUUCUGUUUAUAAUGGCGUAUGACCGAUAUGUUGCAAUUUGUCACCCUUUACACUAUCAUCAGAUACUUAGUAAGAAAAUCUGUAUAUUACUUAUAUUAGUCACCUGGAUUGGUGGGAAUAUAAAUUCAUCUUUUUUACAAGUUCAAUCUUAA